AUGCCCUGGCGAAUCCCCCCCUCCCCCUGUCACCCCAUCCACCAGUACGGCUUCAUCAAGAACGAGAGGACCCGCAUCUUCUUCCACGUCAGCGACUCGGACGCUGCCAGCGGCGGCGCGGCCCUGAACGACUACGUCGGCUUCGUGAUCGGCCGGGACGCGGGUUCGGGGCGCACCGUGGCCUGCCGCGUGGAGACCCUGACCCCGGGCUUCGACCCCUCCCAGCCCAGGGCCGGCGGCGCGCGGGAGGCGCCGGCGCGGGGCCCAGCGCCGAGACCCCCGCAGGCCAGGCCCGCCGCCCCGCGCGCCGGGGACGCGCGGGGCCCGCCCCUGCCCGCGACCGAGGGCCCGCCCGCCGCGGCGUUCCUGCUCCUCGGCGAGGAGCUGCUCCCAGGUGCGCGCGUGGGGAUGGCUCCGCCCGGAACUCGUCUGAGUACCGGUGGAGGCCGCGGCAGGGCUGGCCCCUGGGUGCGGGGCGGUCUGCGCGGAGGGCGUCGGGGGCUGUGUCCGGGGCAGGCGGCGCAGCGCGCCCCAUCAGGAUGUUGGAAACGUUUGACACCAGCCCACCCCACCCUGUCACACGCAGGCACGCAGCGGGGGGUUGUGGCGGUGCGCUCCCGCUCCCAGGCCUCGGUCAGGCUAGAUGACGGCGUGAUCCUGUACAGCGAGCCGGGCCAGGACCCGAGCGCGCAGCACCAGGCGCACUACGGCAACUUCCGGGUGCAGGCCGGCCAACCGGCGGUGCUGGAGAACGACGCCGUGGAGUUUGAGGUCGCGCACAGCUCGGCCACCCUGGCCCGCAAGGCGGUGAACAUCCGACUGGUGGGGGUGCAGGGUGGGAGGGACGGCGCGAGGCCUGGCACGCCGGAGCCCAGCGCGCCCGAGCUGCCGCCCCCCGGCGCUGAGCGCCUGCUCGGCCGCAUCGUCCAGACCAAGAAGGAGUUUGGCUUCAUCAGGCAGCUGGACCGUCCUGGAGACAUCUUCUUCCACUUCUCCCAGCUCCAGGGCAUUCCCCCCGACCAGGUCACGCCCGGGCUGGAGGUGGAGUACGGCGUGCGGCGUGACGCCAAGGGCCAGCUCAGCGCGGUGGGCGUGACCCCGGCGCCCCCCGGGUCGGUGGUGUUCGAGGUGGUGGCCCCCGAGGUCCUGGCGGGCGUGCCCGUGGCCCUGUCCGGGCGCGUGCUGGCGCUGCCGCCGGACCGCGGCUUCGGGUUCCUGGGCGCGCUGGGCUGGCGCGGGGCGCAGCGCCACGCACGCUGGGCCCCGCCCCGGCCAAGCUCUACUUCCAGCUGCGGGAGGCCGGAGGCGGGGCCCACGGCGCGCCAGCCCAGGGGGCCCGAUGCCCCCGACGCCGUGGGCUUUGCGCUGCCGAGGACCGUGCCCUGCAUGCCCCCCGUGCCCGGCUUCGAGCUGCUGGCCCAGGGCGGCGCUGGAGCAUGUGGCGUGCCUGGGGAAGAGUCUCCCACCGGCAGGCUGAUCGGCCUGAGCGUGGAAAGGGAAGAAUCGCAGAGCUAG